AAAAAUGAAUACAAGCUGAAAGCGUUUUAUUUCACUCGUAAACUGCAGGCUCGCUCCUGGAAUCGCUCGUGUGGGAUAGCAAGGACGAGUAGAUUUCAUACUAUAACGGCGGAAGUGACCCCACCGGCCAGCAUAUCUAAUUAGUUUCAGCUUUGACAAUUGUGCUAUAAUCCGUCCAGUCACCUUAUUCAAACAUAAUCAUCCAACAAUCAACCAGCAGUAUUACGCUACUUCGUCUUGACUUACGGCGUUCCGACAAGGUUCAACUAAUACAAUAGCUCUUUUUUUGUCACGAUAGGAAUCUCCUAGACAAAAUAAAAUUUCGUUCAUGCGAGCCGAACCGAUGUCCCGGCGGCCCUCGUUGCUUGUCGGCGCCUCUACUCGUCGUUGUCGUUGUGGUGUUGCCGUCGAUGGUGGAAGACGGUCCGUCCAUCUGAUGUAUCUGAUCUCUGUCGAUAAACGAAACGAUUCUGGUUCGGUAGACACUGGCUGCUAGGGCCGAAAUGGUCGCCAUACUCAGAAGUGCUGGUCGAUAAACUAUUAGACGCCAAAGUGGUUUGUUUGACCUAGGGAAAAGCUGCUUAACUGAAGACGUGGCGUAUAUUGCAAUACGAAAGUGUCCAUAGAAUAUAUAUAUAUAUAUAUACCAACAUAGUUUUUUGACUAAUUGGCCUCGUUUUGUUGCACACAGCCCAUCAAACUAAGCGUUUCUUUGUGCUAGAAACAAAAAUCUCUCUGUUGACAGAUAUAAUAUCGUCGUCCUUAUCUUAAAUUGCUUAACCAAACAGAGACGGCACAAUAUUUUCAGCAUUCAUUUGAAAUAUCUUAUUGUUUACGUCGCAGAGGUAAUUCUCUAGGCGUAAUCAGGUCUGCUUAGAUCAUUGUUAGCAGGCGUCAUUUUUGAAUGAUUGCAACACACGAAGCGCGAAAUUGCCCUUCGCCAUCAACGGAGGCUUUUCUUCUACCAAUAACUAGAACUAACUAUUAUUCAUUCAACUGCCACAAUCAUUUCAACAAAGAACAACUCUCGGCUCAAUAUGUAAUAAAUACCUAUUAAAUUCCGGCAAUUCAUCGCAACGAUCAGUAUGUCAAUGCCUAUACCUAUAUGUGGAGAAUAUUAUAUAUAGUGAAGUGUAUAUGUCUGUUGCUUUAAUGACCGGUACGUUAUUCAGUGGUCUACGCUUACUGAAGCAAAACCGCUGCUGCUUCAGCGACACUACCAUCACUGUGAUGAUUAUCGUGAUGAUCAUCAUUAAAAUAACGAGGAUGACGGUGAUCAAGUACCACCAUCCCUGGCAGCUGCAGCAGCUCUGCGGUCACUGAUGCUUCUGCCAUCGAAUUUAUAUAUACGAUGCUGCUGCUGCUGCUACUACUGUUGCCGGUGAUAAUCUGCCAGUGUCGGGUCGGCCAUAGCAGAAGAACUAGCUUCAGUAGUUGAAAUGAUUUUGAUCCGAUGUCUCGACGUCUAUCGUCAUUUCAUUAGCAGCAGAAGCAGAGACGGCAUAAUCACGCUGCAGUUGGCACUGAUGAUGGUUUUCUCGCGAUGGCUAUGUUGUCCCGACAUUACUUUCGCUCCGGCUAUAUUUGCUGUUCUACUGCCGACGCUGGCAAAGUCGUCGCCGCCGCCGCCGCCGCCGCCGCCGCCGCUGCUGCUGCUGCUGCUACGAACUUCACUGGGCUCCGUCGGACAGACAGAUAGGCAAACAGAUAUAGGCUACUGCUGUCCUAUGGAAUAGACACACUGUGCAGUGUAGUAACAGUGCACAGUUAAUGUGGCGGCACAGCGUAAAUGAGCGCAUCUGAUGCUGAUAGCUCAAUGCUUUCCCUAUGCUCGAUUACCGCCGUGACUGGAGCCCAAAAACCUAAAAAAAAAAUGCCACCUUUCUUGGUGGCAAACGACUGGACAGACAUUUGUUGAAUUCAUUAUUCCAACGCACGUCUCUUUGUCCCAUACUAACAAAACCUCAGUCCUUUGCGGACUGCAUAGGUGACGAGUUGCCAUGUGGAUGGGAUCAGCGUUACGACCCUCGUGUCGGAAUCUACUUCGUUGACCACGAAGCUCAACGGAAUCAAAUCGAGGAUCCGAGGCUACAGUGGCGACAGCUCCAAGAGGCUAUGCUCAAGGAGUACCUGCUGACUGCACAAGAGGACGUUGUAGCUAAGAAAGAAAUGCUCGAAGUGAAAAACCAGCGGCUGGCGAUAGCCCAGGAUGAAUACAUAUACUUGAGUUCGCGGUUAAACAAUUUGCUGCAAGCCGCAUCGUCCACCAAUUUGGCGGCGUCAAGCUGCACUUCACUGAAUUCAGUUGCAUCAAAUGCACCCAGCUUAACUAAAUUCGACCCUGAUCUAUUAAAAGCUGAUGUAAGCUUGGCUCGUCAGAGAGUUAACCGUCUUAAGGCAGAACUUGAGCGGAUUCGAAGCGACCUCACUCAGAAAGAGCGAGGUCUUGAAGUCCUGGCAAGCAUUGACGAACGCCUAGUCAGCAGCGGUAGCAUGUACACUUCAGACGAAGCCCGGCUGAUCGUCGAAGAGCUGGUUAACAUUCAGAAAAGCCUGUCCAGUGGCGAAAAAGAAAAGGAACAACUAAUGAGCAAUCUUUCGAAGCUUCGAGAAGAGCUUUUACGAAUUUCGCAGACGAAUAGCAAUGGCGACGAAAAGUUUUCCAGCGUCGAAAUUCAGACUGAGCUAAGUGGAGAAGAGCCAACCUUAGGUGCUCGUUUGGCCGAAAUGGCACGCAUGCGUUUGAAUUAUGACGCUGCGCGCAAGGAGGUCAACCGAAUUCAGCUCGAGAUCGCUGGAUUAGAGAACCUGAUGGCUCCUGGUAAAGCGGAAAGCGAUCACGAUCGAUUGCUUCUUAUCCAGGAGAAGGAGCAGUUACUGCGUGAGCUUCGUUCUUGCAGUAACAGCAGCAAACGUGAUGAAAAUGAAAACGAGAUUAAGAAGCUCACAUCAGAGUUGGGCUGGGCCAUUGAGAGCUCAAAUCGGGCAAUAUCCGAUCGCCUAAAACUGCACGAAAAGAAGACAAAGUUGCUGCAAGAACUAAGCGAUGCGAUGCGACAAGUAGCCGCUCUCGAGGGCCGUCUAAAGUCUCUUUCUGCGUCGACCCUUUCAAUGAGUUCUAGUUCAAGUAUAGGCUCUUUAUCUAGUAAAGAGGGCUCAGCUUCGAACCUAAGCUACACCGACAUUUACGGCUUACCGUAUACGAAUGACAGUAUCGCGACGAGUCUGCAAGACCUGCAUAGAAGAGUAAUGACCGUUGACAGUGUGACAACAAAGAUCAGUGACCUCAAGGUUCGGGAGCAGCUAACGCCCAUCAUUGAAACCCCGCGGGUGUCGGUCAGUGCUGCCGCGUCAGACGAAUCGUUCGCUGGUGACUCAGGCGUGUUUGAAGCUAAUAAUCAGAGUUCUCCUGAAGCAGAGACCCAGAACACGACACUCGACACACCACAGAUCCAAGUAAAGCUAUGGUUCUCUUCAGAGGAUGAGAUCCUACUAGUUGGUAUCGAGAAAGCUCAUAAUCUAGCUGCGCUUGGGGUACCCGUCGGCUUCCGUGUAUUCAUCAAGGUAGCACUGUAUCCCUCCUCCGAGGAUACUUGCUUAACUUGUAAGACGGAUCUAAUUCGUGAUCUUAUUAAGCCCGCCAUCAUCGGCGAGAUCUUUCAAUUUCCAAUUACCCUAAAACGAAUCCAGACUCAAACCGUUCAGGUAAAUAUCUGGGGUAUCGGGCCUCUCAGCCAAGAAGAGUGCCUUGGCUGUGCGCAAGUGUCUCUUGCCGAUUUCAACCCUACGUCAUCCAGUUUGAAGUGGUACAACAUCUUGAGCUUUCGUUUCUUGUCGCAAACAGUCGGUCAAUCGAUGCCAGAUAUGGUAGAGAGUUCCGAUGAGAGUACCAUCAUUUCUUCACAAACGUCCACACUUACGAGAGUUGAAGAACAACCAACAAAAACUAUUGUCGAAAUCACUGCUGUCCCACAGGUAAAAACAGCGGCUACGAACACCGACUGCGCCUACCAGACGGCUGCGAAAAAGCUGGAUCCGUCAAACUCAGCUGACCAGCUUCUACUACAGGCCCUUAAACGAUCACAGACAUUCACCAUCAACCGUCAUCGCAUCAUGUGCCGACUCAACCGAAGUGACUCAGACAGUGCUAUGCCUCUCUACAGUCGGAAGUGUCCUGUGUUUCUCCGCAACUCCAUGGAGCGUCGUAGUCAGCGGUGGAAGAAAAACGGUCAGCAAUCAGGUGAUAAGACUGUCAAGCAGUCUGUAGUUGAAAAGAAAAUGCCUGCAGAUGCAUCGCGUACAUCGAUUGAUCUUGCUCUGGAUCUGCACGCUUCCAAGGCACGCCUUACUGCCCUCAACGACGACUUGUCUAAGCUGAAGGAAUUGCAGACACUUCUUGAGGAGUCGAAGCAACGUGGUGAAGCACCCGAGUGGCUUCAGGAGGAGGGCAUGCAGCGACUUCUUGGGUACGACGAAAAUCAGGCUCGACUUGUACAGAAGACCUCCCGCAAUAUUUAUCGUCUUCGUAGAAGUCUCAGUCGAGAUGAGCCAGCGAACCUCGCUAUGUUCAAGGAAAAAAUGGCUUUCUUUACAAGGCCUUCAACGAGCAACGUUCCUGCACUGGCUCCGUCGUCCAUUUCGCUUUUCCCGGGCGAGAAUAAGACAACUCCUCGAUUUGAAUACACAGUUGACCCUAUCUACGGUGUGCAAGUAUAGCUAGACGAGUUUAUGAGAACUACCGAGCGUCAGAGACCAGAUUCAUGAAGAGGAUAUAGAGGGACCAAACCGUUUUCCAUAGAAGACGAAGUCAAAAAAAUACGGGAGAUAUAUAUUUGUUUGUAUAUAGCGCGCUCCGGUAGGCCAUUUGUAAGUGCCAACCGACAAUGGUUUGAAUGCUGUGCGUCCAAACAGUUAGGGCACCGGGGACCUUUUCCCAGGAGAAACGUCAAAGUUCUGAAAUGAAGAUCGCACAUACACAUUUAUUAUAUUAAAGACAGACGGACACUAACGGUGAAUAUGUCAAUAAUGAUAAGCAUGAUGAUGACGACGAUUAUGAAGCAGUGUUCUGAUCUGACUAAACGGGUCAGUGCGGGACCAAUAUAUCGCGAAGCGUGCUCAUCACUAAUCGGCCAAUUGAAAGUGGGAAUAGAAGUGAAAUUUGGACAGGAAACUCAUGCUCCUUUGAGAUCUCGAAAUCCAUUUGAAGUACUAAAUGAAGAGUCAAAUAAGAAUGAUUGAGUUUGAUUGACUGACGAGAGGCGAUGAUCGAUCGAAUUAACGAAACAAUGUUUCGUGAAUGCAACGCAAUAAUAAUUGAGUAAUUUCGUCUGGAGCUAACACAGCUGUCGAAGUUUGUGUCUUGUUGAGUGCAAUUCAAAGAACGAAAGGAAAACAGGAGAGUGUUUGAAAGCUAAUCACUGUGCACGUGUACGGGUUAAACGAAGAAAGAUAAGAGGAGCGAGGGCGGUCCCGCAGGCGGGAUCGUUCUGGGCAUUACUUCGGGAUAAGGUACCUAGGUCACGUGAUACUUCUAUGAAUCGGCAUCCCUGUUAGGAGGCAGCGCUGUAACGUAGAGAUUCAUCAGUUAGCAGUUUUUAGUUUAUUCCACAAUGAAUUUUCAGUUAUAUUACUUUGUUCCAACAUAGACACCAAUGAUAGUAGUGGAGUCAGCAAGCUACCUGAAAAAAACUAUGACUUUUCUUUGGUGUAAGCAUUUAUCUAAUGGAAAUUGAGGUCCUUGACCAUUAGUGCUUGCAAAUUACGUAGCCCCGAUCGCGAUAACAAAUCGUAAUAGGGUAUUGCAAGCAUCGUAGUGUAAACUAAUUAUCUCUAUGCUACUUGAGCAGCUGUAAACAGGUUUAUGAAGUAAAGGCACUCGUUUGACCUUCUAUGAGUACCGAACACCCUGAACGCCCAAGGCCAACGGUUAUACCUGUGAUAAUGCCCCGCCCGCAAGGAGUCCUUCAAGGAUCCGAGUUGGUCGCUAUACUCAGUUGCGCCUUGGCUUUCGCCGGCUCGCUCGCUUGUUCGGAACUUCGAAAUCGAAGCAACAAAAAACGCAGCCCCUGAUAAAGCAGGCGGCUGAAAAUACACGGAGAGAGAGAGAGAGAGAGAGAGAGAGAGAGAGAGAGGAAGAGAAGAAUCUGCCGUUAGGGUAAACCUAAUUUUUGAGCUCCUUAGUACCUUUGGUAUCUAAACCAGUGUAAGCAUAUCGUUUAAGGUUUACCUUAUCUCGUGCCCUCUAGUCAAAAAGCAAGUCUUACAAAUUGCUACGCGUAUUUAUUAGUCAAGUAAAUAUACUUAAUAAUUAUACGACUGAUGGUAAUAAUCAUACUAAUUACUAAUAAAUAUCUAGAGGGAUAUUCUAUGAGUGAAUACAAUAGUUGAAACUCUAUCUAGAUAAAAGAUAAUAAAAAUGAGUGGUAACGAAGAUGAUGAGCAAACGAAGCGAGUGAAAGACCCAAGCAGUAGCAACGUUUGAUACGCGGAUAAGCGGAUUUCAAUUUGGCUAUACGUCCUUUUUUGAUUUGGAACUUUGUGUUCUGGCGGACUUAAAUAACCGGAUUUCCCUUAUAACAUCGCCCGCUACUAAAGACUAAUUAAAAGUGGUUAACGCGCAGUAAACGGCGCGACUCUUAUUACUAAUUUAUUAAUUCGGCAUAACCGUAUUCGAUAUAUUGUGUAGCACCUCCAAACGUCAAUUACCCUUUUGCUAUUCAGAUCUUGAACCUCGUCUGUCAAUUCUAUAUAAUGAAAUUCGUCUAAUAACUUCUUAUCGAGGCAUAUUUUUCUGCGUCUUGAUAAUUAUACUUAGAAGUUCUGUAGAACAAGUACCACAUGUCCGGCUCUGGAUGUCAUGACAGCAAUAGAAUCGAGCACAACUCAUUAAAGCCUGAAUAAUGUAGAGCGCGGAAUCAUUUUCUUGGCGUCUUCCGCAGACCUCAGGUAAUAGAACAAUGGUCAAAAAAUAUGCAGUACCUGAGAUCCCCUCCAUGUUUCACGUCCUAAGCCCACAGAAUUCAUUGGACUUAUUCUACGCCCCACUUUCCUCCCGGAACACUGACCGUCGAAACCCCUAUGACGUAAACUUCAACAAGAGCAACAGGCCACAAUUCCUUAAUUGGAUGAACGCUUGCCGUUAAUACGACAAUGCAAUACGACAUAAAACGAUUUGUUAUAAUUCUCAUUUCUCUUAUUUUAAUAUUAUAUUGUAAUAGCUAUUUCUAUAUAAGUAUUGUAUUAUUAUAAACAGAAUCGACACAGAGCUAAACGUAGCCCUUUCCCAUACAAAGAACCCGUAAGUAGCACAUAUUAUAAGGAUCCGCUAUUAGUUCAUUGCGUGUUUGAAAAAUAUUAUCGAAAUAGAAAAAUAAAAUCAUUCAAAACGAACCAAUGGAAUAAAAUGGGUAGCAAAAGUGAAGGGUGACUACUAGCAGGGUCAGAAUGAUUUUAGAAACACGCAAUGGGCUACAAUGAGGUUUCGAGGUUCGCCCGCUAAGCCACGACUUAGCCGGUUGAAGUCCGCGCAUGAAUCAAUCAAUCAGUCAAUUAAUGUCAGCAAAAGCAACAGAAACUAGUCGUCCGCAACAAGUUGUCGAGUCAUCUUGGAGCCGUUUGCUUGUUCUGAAAAAUAAUUAGAUAUGUACGUGGCAACUUCAGGUUUAACCGGUUACGCUUGAAUAAAAGUUACUUGUGGCGCUACAGCGUCAAGGUUGCCACUUUAUUGCUUAUCGGUGGUAGUAAAUUUCGAAACUCCUAAAUGGCUCGCAAUUUCUCAGGACACAUCUGUCACAAUAAAAACUGAUGAAAAC